AUGUGUUCGGUCUCUCAAUAUUACUCCAACUGGAAUCAGAUCUCUUUCUUCGGUGGAACUCCCUUCGCUGCAGAUGCCUCUGGUAAUAGUCGAUGGCGCGAGCCUCAACCUGCUGCCCCAUGGAACGGGACAUUUCAAGCCACAUAUUUCGGUCCUAUCUGCCCAUCAGGCAUAGCAAUUGAUGACUUGGCUGAUAUUGCCAUCUGGAGCUAUGGAGCCGGUGUCGCAUCCAAAGACAUCAUAUUUGUUUCUUACAAUUACCGUGCUGGCGCUCUUAGAUUUUUCUCCAACCCCGAUCUCACAGUGCAUGAGAAUAUUGCCGCUUUCGGAGGUGACCCAGACCACAUCUCGGCUAUUGGACAAUCCUUUGGAGCCGCUGUCACGUAUCACAUCGUGAACAGCAAUCUGACAGCGGAUCUGGGAAUUGUGAACGCCAUCUCAGAAUCCGGUGUACGCUCGCCAAAUGAUCCCUAG